AUGCUACGUAAAGGCCCAAUUCUCCCCAUAACUUCUUACUUUUCACGUACUUUGUCGACUACGACAGCUAAGCGUGUGGUUGUUGUUGAUGGUAUUCGUUUACCAUUUGCUAAAUCUGGUACAAUUUACAAAGAUGUCAUUGCUUACGACAUGAUGCGCGAUGCUUACAAGGGACUUAUCAAUAAGACAGCAAUUGACCCAAAUUCGAUUGAUUACGUUGUAGCAGGCACAGUUAUCCAAGAAGUUGGUACGUCGAACAUUGCUCGUGAGGCAGCAUUGGGUGCAGGGAUUCCGAAACACGUACCAGCGCACACUGUCACACAAGCUUGUAUCUCGUCAAGUCAAGCCAUUUGUACAGGCGCUGAAAAGAUUCUCUCAGGUCAUGCUGACGUCGUCUUGGCUGGAGGUGUUGAAACCUUUUCGGAUGUUCCUAUAAGGUUUUCAAAACCUAUUCGAGAGAGACUUCUUCAAGUCCCAAAAGCCAUGAAAAAGGGCCCAUUUGGUGUUCUUAAGCUGCUGAAAGGAUUAAAACUUGCAGACUUUGCGCCCGUUGCUCCAGCUAUACAAAAUUUUCACACAAGGGAAAUCAUGGGUACGUCAAGUGAUCGACUUGCUACGAGAUUUGGCGUCACAAGGGCAGAAAUGGACCAGUACACUUUUGAUGCCCAUCAGAAAGCUCAUAGAGCUCAUGUGGAGGGCAAAUAUACAGGAGAGAUUUUGCCUUACAAGGGAAGCACGGAAGAGAAUGGGAUUAAUCCAAACUCUACGCUUGAAAAGAUUGCGUCUCUAAAACCAUCUUUUAUCAAACCACAUGGCACGCACACAGCAGCCAAUUCGUCGUAUUUGACAGAUGGUGCUGCUGCGACGCUGAUUAUGUCAGAGGAAAAAGCUUUGGAGCUAGGACACCAGCCGAAAUCGAUACUUAAAGACUGGCUUUUUGUCGGUGUGGAUCCGUUUGAGACAUUGUUGCUUGGCCCUGCGUAUGGCAUCAAGCAAAUCUUGGAGAAAAACAAGUUGAAAUUGAGUGACAUCGACUAUUUUGAAAUUCACGAAGCAUUUGCGGGGCAAGUGCUUGCUAAUCUUAAUGCCUUAGCAGAACCCAAAUUCUGCAAGGAGCUAUUUGAUAUGGAUGGAGCUGUCGGACGUGUGCCAUUGGAAAAAUUGAACACGUGGGGUGGAUCGUUGGCACUUGGACAUCCAUUUGGCGCCACUGGAAGCAGACUCGUGAACACGGCAUCCAACAAGUUGCAGAAGGAAGGUGGGAAGUACGCACUUCUUGCUGCUUGCGCCGACAGCGGACUUGCUUAUGUUGGUCUUAUCGAAAACUACAAGAAGUAG